GUCACUAUGCCUCAGAUUGCAAAAAAAAAGCCGGUAGUGCUUUCCUACGUGGGCGGAAGCGACGAAAGCUUGGAGCUUCUACGUCCAUACCUCCAGGAGCUACGGAUUAGCGGGAAGGCCUGUAAGGUAUUAAGGGACAGUGGAGCAACCAUGGACCUAGUUCACCCUUCUUUUGUAAACGCCGAGGACUAUACAGGGAAGGUAACUUGGAUCAAGUCAGUACUAGAGGAACACAGCGUGUGUCUUCCAAUAGCACGAGUGACAAUUUCCGGUCCUUUCGGAGAACUAGAGACAGAGGCAGGCGUUUCGAAGGCGCUACCAAUGGACUACCCGUAUCUCUUUUCAAACCAUUCGGAGCGUUUGUUACGGGAGCGCGGUCAGGAGUUCGGAGAGGGAAGGGUGCAGGCAUUAACCCGCUCGCGAGCACGCCAAAUCGCCGCUCAGCUGACCGAGGACCCCAGCGCAGCGGUGGCGGAACGUGAGGAAGCGCAUUCCCUAGAACCUCGGAUAACGGAGGAAAAAGAAAGCAGUGGGACAGCAGAGGCGCCACUUAAAAUGAUCCCCGUAGAAAACUCGCGUAGCAAAGUAAAGCCGUCAGUGGAAGUAACAGAAAGGGAGAUCAGCUCUGUGCUUUCACCUGCCUCUGGGGGCUUUGACAGGCUUCUCCAGGUGGACAGGGAGUCGCUCAACGCGGAGCAACAGAGGGAUCAGACUCUGACACGUUUACACUACAACGCGAAAGAGGGCAUAGCUAGGCGCAACGUGACCAUCCACGAAAAGGGAGGACUGCUGUAUAGACACUACAGAGAUCGUAGGGGCCGCAUCCUAGAUCAGUUAAUCGUUCCGGAGAAGUAUCGGGCGGAUCUCCUGACUUUGUGUCACGGAAAUGGCUGGUCGGGCCACCUCGGAAUCAACAAAACGAAGGAAAGGCUUUUGCUAGAAUAUUACUGGCCAGGAUGUUUUAAGGAUGUGGAAAUUAUGUAAGGUCGUGUGAUGCGUGUCAGCGAGUUGGGAAGCCGGGAGAUAAACGCAAGGCACCUUUGAAGUUGGUUCCCUUGAUCACGGAGCCAUUCCGUCGGCUGGUGAUCGACACAGUCGGGCCUUUGCCGCCGAGCCGAGCAGGGUGCAAGUACCUUUUGACCAUGCUCUGUCC